GUAGAGAAAUGAUCAUUAUGUAUAGUGACACUAAUAGGGGAAACAAAAGACUGUUGAUUUUAUUCCAUAUGGAAUCCUAUCGAAUCGAAAUUUCACUAAAUUAUAUCCGACUAAAUUAAAUCUCGAUGAAUCUAGAACGAUCUUAAAAAUCAAUAUUUGCUUUGUUUAUGUUAUACAUUUUGUCCUUGCGAACGAGUAAGAUGAUCAUUUAAAAAAAUAAACAUGUCAGUUCGAAGUAGUGAUCUUCACGUGGGUCGUUUUGAAACUCGGACAGCAAGUCGUCUUUAGAAAGGACGGAAAAAUCGUGACACGAAAAAUAUAAAUAAAUGUUGAAUCUGUAAAAUUUAUACAUUUUUUCAACAUUAGAUCGUCAUAAUCUCUUCAUUUACGCAAUAUUUGUUCGUGUAGUGUCAAGAUCGAUAUCAAUAUGAUGAAACGAAAGAGACCAUCAAAAGUACCGUUACAAGCUAUUGAAAACAAAAAUGUUAACAAUGCCGACACAACUGACAACAUGUCCAUUAGAAAGAACAAAAAAUGUAAAUUAUCACAGCAAUACCAAAAACAAAGUACAAAACGAAUAUUAGAACUAAAAGAUACAAAGAAAUCUCAGCAAAAUUCUGAAAAUUUGAAUGUGCCUUCGAAACAGAAUGUGGAAAUGUAUGAUUACCGAAUUGAACAAUUAAAUUUAAUCUCAAAACAACUCUUACAUUGCCCAACACUUACACAAGAUGAAUUAAGAAUACUGUUUACGAAAUACAAGUAUGAUGGUCAUUAUAAACCAAAUAAAAGUUUGCCUCCAUUUGAAAGCCUUUCAAAGAACAAAUGGGACACACUUAACAAUAUAAAUUGCAGUUUACAAACACAGCAGAGCUUAGAAUGUAAUUCAUACGAACAACAAGAAAUUAAUUCAGAAAAAACGAUCAAUAGAAGUGAUGAUAAAUACCACUGUAUUCAAUCAAGUUGUAUAGACAUUAAAAACUAUAAUCAUACACUUACAGAUUGUGAUACACAAUCAUUCGGUAACAGAAACAUAUUCAACAAUACACAAAACAUUGAUGAAUCAAGAUCAAACUUUUGCAUUAAUGAAAUAUCCAAUAUACAAGGAGAUUAUUUUCCAAGAAAUAUGGCAAAUACAGAAAAUAUUUAUCCAGAAGAACAACGUAGUUACCAAUAUGAAAAUUUUGUAGACAUCACUGAGAAUUCACAGCAGAGUGAAAACUAUCCUCCAAUACAUUUUGAUGUACCACAGAAUCCAAAUAUGUAUACUGAUUUUCAUGUACAAAAGUGGGAUAACAGUAUGUCUUUAACAGAAGGAAAUAAUAAUUAUCAAGUAAGUCAAAGUGAACAUUUAAUUCAUGUUCCUGAAAUCAUUAAGUUGGAAUGGUAUUACAGUACAAAAAAUGCAGAAGAACAAAAUAUUUUCAAUACAAAUGUCCAUGAAACUGUAUACCCUGUGAUGAAUAAUGAUUAUGAUACUAUUAAUAAUAGUACCCACAUUAAACAGAAUUUUUAUGCUAACUCUUCACAUUUAUCUUCUGUAUCAGAUAAUUCUAUUCCCGACAUAAAUUCACUUCUUUCAUCUUCUACAAGUAUUGUUGAUUAAUAUAUUUAAGGCAUCUUAGUAUUGUAACUAUUUAACAUUUGUAAUUUGAGUUUAUAUCAAAUUCGUAUUUUGUAUUGAGCUUUUAUUCUUUUAAGGUUUUCACAAAAGGUGAAAAAUGAUAAUAUUAAUUAAAAUAAGUUUAUCAUAUCUGUCUGUAUAAAAUAUUUACUAUACAUUAAUAUACAGCUUUAUAGUAAAGAUGUGGCACAAAAAAUAUAAGUAUAUACAUAAAUUUAAUCUUUUCUUUUAGCAAACUUUAAAAAUAUUUUAAUAUACAUUUUUAAUACAAAACAAAUGAACAUGUGUAUGUAAAAGGUGCUGUACACAAUUACAUGUUUUAGUUUAUAAAUAUAUUAGUUAACAUUCUCAUAAAAAUUAUCUUCUAACUGUAAAAUUAUUUAUGACAGAUAAAAAGUGCAGCUGAUCAUGAUUAUGAAAACAGAUUUGUCAGUCUAUAAUUUUUACUUGUAAAUACCGCAUAAUAUAAUAUACUUAAAAUUUUGAACUAGAAUUUAGGUAAAUAUAAAAUAUCUGCUAUUAUGUACUUAUAAAAAGUAUGUUUUUCAACAUAAAAAUGUAUAUUCUGUUGCGGUAAACUGUCAGUGUGUUUUAAGUCUUGUACAUAUAUUUGAACCAAACCAUGGUCCCUCAUAAACUUUUUAUCAGAAUAACAAUAUUUAUGAUACUUUCUUUUGUAUUUAAAUAUAACAAGGCAUUCUCAUUUUUAUAAAUUAGUGACUGCAUUCUUAGCGUAAAAUGCAUUAAGUAAAAAAGGUAUUGUAAAAGAAAAUAUUAUCAGACAUGUCUUUCUAAAUAACUAUAAACAUAAAUAUCACAAUACUAAUAAUGUAAUUCACGUAGAAAGGGAUGGAUUAUUACUGUAUGCAAGUACCAUUCUUCUGUUUCAUAACACCCCUGUAUCUUUUAUCUUCAAUGUUAGAAAAAUUCUGUUUUUAAACAUGUUAAUUUUGUUACGAUUUAAAUCAUCGCAUUAUUAGCGAAGAAUGUACGUCUGUAUAAGUUAAAAAUAAAAAAAAAUAUAUUCUUACAAAUUAUAAAGGAGUUAUGUUUGUAUGGUCCUUUACGGUUUUGCGAUAACCGGAAAAAUCCGAUACUAAAUCAAUUUCGUCUAUAUCCUCACCGAGAAGUCGACCCUCAAUGUCGUCUUUUGAUCUUCUGAAUAACCUGUAAUUGAAUUUUUGUAUAAAAGAAGUCAUUAAAAUAAUUG